UAAACGAAGCAGGACUUUCGGGUAAACGGUCACAAAGUGACUGUUCCCUUCUGUCCAGCCCGCAAGCUGACUGACCUACCUGCAGCGGAGAGAAAAACAAGUGCGGAUAGAGGAUCUCUACAAGGAACGCCCCCACCUUAGAGAGAGUUAAAUACCUGCACAGGUAACAGACGCUCACCGGAAGCAGCGGUGCGCACGGUGCUGUGUGUGCGAGUGCCAAUGGCUGAAGCUGUGGAGCCCGGCUAUUCGUCGGUGGGAUUCCGGUCCAUGUUUUUCAUGCUCACGAUGAACGAAUCAUCCUAUCAGAAAUUGGAAGAUGUACCUCAGUAUGUGCAGCAGGCCACUCCUUUCUUUGUAGGGCUGAUGGUGCUGGAGAUGGUGGUGGGCCUGCUGAAGACAGGAUCCCCAGUGGUCACCGUCAGUGACGUACUCACCUCCGUAUCUUGUGGAAUGAUCUCCAGAAUCCCACUGCUGUUCAUGAGAAGCUGUGAGCUGACUGCUUACAUAUUCGUGUGGAACCGGUACCGCCUGCUGGAUCUGCCGUGGGACUCUGCCUGGACCUGGUGGCUCACCUUCGUGGGCGUGGACUUCUGCUACUACUGGGUCCACCGCUUAGCUCACGAGGUGUCCAUCAUCUGGGCUUCUCACCAGGUUCACCACAGUUCAGAGUACUACAACCUCGCCACUGCCCUCAGACAGUCCCUCACCCAGCAGUUCACAUCAUGGAUUUUCUACCUUCCCAUGGCUCUGAUUGCACCCCCCACGGUCUUCGCCGUCCACAUACAGUUAAACCUCCUCUACCAGUUCUGGAUCCACACUGAGCUGAUCAGAGACCUUGGACCUCUGGAGUGGGUCUUCAACACCCCGAAACACCACCGAGUUCAUCACGGGAGGAACGAAUACUGCAUUGACAAGAAUUACGGAGGAAUACUGAUCAUAUGGGACCGGUUAUUUGGUACCUUUGCUGAGGAGUCAGACAAAGUGGUGUUCGGCCUGGUGUUCCCCAUCAACACCUUUGAAAUCCUCUACGUUCAGCUACACUACUAUUUGUAUUUGUGGAGAAGGUCCAACACUUUCAAGACCGUCGGUGACAAGCUGUCAACUUUCUUCAAAGGUCCGAGUUGGAGUCCUGGUAAACCUCGGCUAGGUGACCACGUAGACAAUCCCAAGGUUACCGGACAGGGAGUGCCUCACGAUCCCAGUUGGCCGCUGCCUUUACAACUUUAUGUGGUCGUACACUUCUUGAUGGCGCUGGGGACUUACCAUGAUCUGUUUGAAAACAAAAUGAUGCUGUCCCAGUUAACCAUUCUGGGGAUGACCGGCUACGUUCUGCUCACUCUCACUUCCCUGGGCUUCAUCGUGGAUCAGAGGCCAACCGCGGCUUUCUUGGAGAUGCUACGCUGCGUCAUCAUGGUGACAAUACAGAGGUACGGCGGCAUGAAGCCCCUGCUGUCUUCACUGGCCGUCCCCACAGAGGCCUUUGUCUCCCUCUCUCUGCUGUUCUGGGCUCUGCAGAGCGUCUCCCAGCUGCUCCACAUCAAGAAGAAGGCCGACUGAGUCAACACACAGACUGACGGACGGGCAAUUCUAUGAAGUUAUAAUUGUUGACGUAAUUCCAUAGUGAGACAUUUCUAAUAAUCUUUAACACUGCGUAAAGUCUCAUCUGUUUUCACUUUACUGUUUAUGUCAAACUGUUGAUGACUGAAGCUUUAUCACAUACAGCGUCAGUAAGACGCUCAACAAGUGCUUUUUUCUUGUUUUAAUCAAAUGGUCUAAUUCUCUCUUUAAACAUUUCUUCGGUGCUUUUGUCUACACUGUCGUAACAGAAUUGCAGCAAUGCUAAUUCAAGUACUAAUGAAUUAACAUUUUUAUAUUACUCCGCCUUUAUUAUGCAACAUAUACCUCUUACUAAACAAAUGUCGCUCACACUGAUGCUUUGUACUUUUGACUUGCACAACAGCACUCCGUAUAUUGUUUUCCAUUUGCAAUUAAAAUGAUGUGAGGGUUCUGGGACAAGAGGAUGUCGCAUGUGUACAGAUUG